AUGCUGCGUAAUCUCAAAGCUGUGUCGGGCCUUGCCCGUCGAAUGGCCGCCGUUGACCCGACUGCCGGCUUGCGCGGCACUUUGGUGCAGCGAUUUCUCAACGUGCACGAACACGAUGCCAUGGAAAUUCUGCGAGCCGGCGGCGUGAAUGUGCCCAAGUUUGGAGUGGCCGCCUCUGCGAAGGAAGCCAUGGAGGUCUCGCAAAAGCUGGGAUCAAGCGACUUUGUCGUCAAAGCUCAGGUGCUCGCUGGUGGCCGUGGUCGAGGUCACUUCACCUCCGGAUUGAAGGGCGGCGUCAAAUUGGUGUACUCGCCCGAAGAGGUGCACGAUGUUGCCAACAAGAUGAUCGGACACAGUUUGAUCACCAAGCAGACUGGCGAGAAGGGAGUUUCCUGCAACAAGGUGAUGAUUGUGGAGCGUCUCUUUCCGCGACGCGAGUAUUACUUCGCCAUCAUGCUGGACCGAGCGUACAAUGGACCAGUCAUCAUUGCCUCCUCGCAGGGUGGCAUGGCCAUUGAAGAUGUGGCCAAGGAGACGCCGGAGGCGAUCAUCACACAGGCUGUCGACAUCAAGGAAGGCCUCACUCGAGAUGUUGCCCAGUCGAUUGUGAAGAAGAUGGGAUUCCACGCCGCCAGUCAUGAGCAAGCCACUGACAUUAUGAUGAAGCUGUUUGAGGUCUUCAAGAAGAAUGACGCCUCUAUGAUUGAGAUUAAUCCAAUGGUAGAGGACUCGACGGGCGAUGUGCUCUGCCUGGACGCCAAGUGUCGCUUUGAUGACAACGCUGAGUACCGUCAGCCCGAUGUGUUUGCUCGAAAGGACAAGUCGCAGAUUGAUCCCCGUGAGUUGGACGCUCAGAAGUACAACUUGAAUUAUAUUCCUCUCGACGGCGACAUUGGCUGCCUGGUGAAUGGUGCCGGACUGGCCAUGGCCACCAUGGACAUCAUCAAACUGCACGGAGGCUCGCCGGCCAACUUUCUUGACGUGGGCGGCGGCGCUACAUCUCAGCAAGUGAAGGAGGCCUUCAGAAUCAUCUCUUCCGAUUCGAAGGUGCAGGCAAUUCUCGUCAAUAUCUUUGGCGGCAUCAUGCGUUGUGAUGUGAUUGCCGAGGGCAUCAUUGCAGCUGCUCAGACGCUUAAUCUCAAAAUCCCCAUCGUUGUCCGCUUGCAAGGAACAAAUGUGGAUGAUGCCAAGGCGCUGAUUGCUGCCUCGAAUCUGCGCAUUCUGGCUUGUGAUAACUUGGAGGAAGCCGCCAAAAUGGUCGUCAAGAUGUCUGCCAUCGUCAGUUUGGCCCGUGCCGCUUCAGUCAACGUCAACUUUGAGUUGCCCAUCUAA